AUGUUUAAUCCCACACCGAAAGGAGAUCCUAAAUAUCGUAUACCACGCCAGUGUAUUUGGUUAAAAAUGAAUGGUUCUUGGCCAUUUGAUUACGAUGCUGAGCGGGAUUUUUACAAUUCGCAUACCUUGUAUGGCAUGUUGUAUUCGAUUUGGUCGUGGUAUAUUAUUUGCUCGGUGGGCAUAACAAUUGGUUUUCAAACGGCUUUUUUAGUUAGUAAUUUGGGUGACAUUAUGAUGACCACCGAGAAUUGUUGCACCACAUUUAUGGGUGCAUUGAAUUUUGUGCGUUUGCUUCAUAUGCGUCUAAAUCAACGCUCAUUUAGGGAGAUCAUACAACAGUUUGUGGAUGACAUAUGGAUACCUAAAAAAUACAAUCCUUAUAUAGCAGCCGAAUGUUCCAAGAAAAUGAGAACUUUUCGCAUUAUGACUGUCUUACUAAGUUGUUUGAUUGCCAUGUAUUGCGUUCUACCACUCGUAUUACUAUUUUUUGAUGUAGGAUUAGAUGCCGAAGAGAAGCCAUUUCCCUAUAAAAUGUUAUUUCCCUAUAACGCUCAUCGCGGUUGGCGUUAUGUGGUCACUUAUAUAUUCACUUCGUUCGCCGGAAUUUGUGUGGUGACCACACUCUUUGCCGAAGAUUCAAUAUUUGGUUUCUUUAUAACGUACACUUGUGGCAAAUUUAAAAUACUACACGAACGCAUAGACAAUAUUGUAAUAGAUGCUUAUCAAUUGGCUAGAAAUAAACAAGAUGAGAAUGAAAUUCAAAAGUUGUAUAUAUGGCUACUAAAUAGAAUUGCCUACGAUCAUAAUAAAUUAAUAGAAUUUUCCAAUCGUUUGGAAAAUUUCUUCAAUCCCAUAUUAUUAAUGAAUUUCACCAUAUCAUCGAUAUUAAUUUGCAUGGUGGGUUUUCAGUUGGUGACUGGCAAGGACAUGUUUAUAGGUGACUAUGUCAAGUUUAUAGUUUACAUUUCAUCCUGUCUCUCUCAACUGUAUGUUUUAUGUUGGAAUGGUGAUUCUUUAAUACAACAUUCUACAGAAACUGCUCAACAUUUAUACGAUUGCAACUGGGAAGGUGCAAAUAUUAAUUUAACCUCUGGCUUUAUACCAGCUAAUAAACAAUUCAGACAAAAUUUGGAAAUCAUGAUCAUGUGCAGUCAAAGACCGGUGAAAAUAACAGCCUUGAAAUUUUCCACUUUGUCCUUGCAAUCAUUUACAGCCAUAUUGAGUUCAUCAAUGAGUUAUUUUACGCUUUUGCAAACAGUUUACAAUGAAAACAAAGAGGAAUUGGAUCAUUUGACUUAAAAA